AUGGUGUGCCUGUUGAAGCGACUGGUCCUGGCGACCAUUCUUGUGGUCUCGUGCUCGGCGGCGGCGGCUAUCACUUUCUUCUUCGCCCCCUUGUGGGGCCUCAUGCUACUGGGCGUGCCCAUCUUCAUGGGCGUCUACCUCUGCAUUACGGCGUUCACCGGGGAUCCCGAGAUGGGCGGCUGGCCGAGUCUGAGGAGGAAGAAGAACGAGCUCGGCGAGAAGGACGCCCCACUCGACCAGAACCAGCCACAGCCACCCACCGAAGCUCCUCUCCCUUGGGAGCGCGGCUACCACGCCAAGUUCAAGAGCUUGGCCCGGGUGGAGUUUGCCCGAGAGCGGCUGGAGCACCUCUACGCCCGAUACCGCACCGCGCCCGGUGGUGAGGAUGACAACAGCGAGGACGAGGACGAAGACAUUGACGGCAUUCGACGGUCCGGCAUUGAGCUCAUGAGCAGCGAUGUGGGCGUUGAUCCCGACGACGUACGCACAUCACCCCGCAUGCCCGCGACCGUAAGCUUCCUUCCACCGGCUGACCUGUUUUUUUCCCUCCCCGCGUCUAGCCGCUCGUGCCUGGUGCUCACCUGGCGACUGGCGGCCAAGACCAUGGGCAUGUUCACGCACGACGAGUUUAUCUCCGGCCUUCAAGCGCUGAAGGUGGAUUCCGUCCCCAAGCUGCGCCACCUCUUCGAGCGCCAGCUGCCAGCGGACUUGAAGAACCCCGCCACGCUGCAGGAGAUCUGGCGGUUCGCCUUCGCCUAUGCCAAAGGGAAGGACGACGCCAAGAUUAUCGACCUGAACGUGGCCGAGGUGCUGAUCACGCUGCUGCUCCAGCCGCCAGCUCACGACUACCCCCACGUGCAGCCAUUCCUCGAAUUCCUGUCCCAGCAAACGUCGUGCAAGGCGUUGAAUCUGGACCAGUGGACCAACCUGUUGGACUUCCUGACGCACACCAAGGCCGACCUGUCCAUCUACGACGAGGCAGCUGCCUGGCCGGUUCUCUUUGACGAGUACGUGGAGUGGGCGAGGAAGAACCGUCAGUGA